UCAAUUCAACCCACCAUGCCGCCAUUCUCGACGCUAGCUCUUCGCGCCCUGCGGACGCUCGUCCCAGCCCCUUCCACGAGGGCAGUAUUCGCCCUCCCGAAACCGCAAAUCCAAACACCUACCCUACUGCUUCAUCGUUCCCGACCCUCCUUCCACCCCGUCCUCCGCUCCCAGUCCGCCAUCCUCGCCGCCACGACGGCUGCCUCGGCCCGCUGCUUCUCCUCCACCCCUUCGCACCUGGCAACAUAUAACCAGGUCAGACGUGGAUGUCGGAAAUCCCAGCGUACCCGCCGCUCGCGCUCCCCCGCGCUGGCGUACAUGCCGCAGCUGAAGGGCGUCUGCUUGAAGACCGGUAUCACGAAACCCAAGAAGCCCAACUCUGGUGAACGCAAGACGGCGCGUAUUAGGCUUAGUACAGGGAAGGUCAUCACCGCUUAUAUUCCGGGCGAAGGCCAUAAUGUCCAGCAGCAUUCCGUUGUCCUGGUCCGCGGUGGACGUGCGCAGGAUUGUCCUGGUGUGAAGUAUACUCUUGUUCGUGGCUCAAUGGACUUGGGCGGCGUUGGAAACCGGUUGACGAGUCGGUCCAAGUACGGCACGAAGAAGCCCAAGAAGGACUAA